AUGCAGCGUUCAAAGCACCCAUUAUUUGUUCGUCUCGAGCAACGCGAUGCCAUUUUUAGAGAUGGAAACCCAGCUUCUCUCUCCUUAGAAUCAGAAAAUGCUGAGGAUUGCAAAGCAUUUGUUUCCCUUUUCCAGGCAUCUCCAGAAAAUCAAUUAACAGAAUUCGUCAAAAACAAAAAUCACGCAGAAAUCUUCACAAAGCUUCUUUCAACACGUUCUGACCCAGCACCACUCAAUCUUCUUUGCGCUUUCAUCGAUAGAUUAUUAGAUCUCGAUUUCAACGCUACAAUCGGAGCACUUAUGGCUAACUCCCAGAAACUCUCUGAGGGCUGCGCUAAAAUUCUCAUUGGCCACACAGCUGAUCACUUGAAUCAAGCAUUCUUAGUUCGUACAAUCCUUCUCCUCCUUGGUACAAUCAUUUCCGAGCGUGAUACAAAGGCCACAACAGAAGCCUUCCAGACAUUCACACGUACAGCCCUUUCCCUCCUCUCAGCCAAGUUAAAUGAAGCCUCAAUCGCCCUCGAAUGUGUCAAGCGUGCUCUCCGCUCAGAGCAGUUCCGCUCCACAUUCAUUUCCGAGAAGGGAACAAAGCUUCUUCUUGAUCUCCUCACACAAGCACAAAAGGCAAGCAACACAGACUCUCUCUACCACAUCCUCUUCUGCAUCUGGGGAAUCUCAUUCUCUGCAGAAGGUGCUGGCCAACUCUCUGAAGGUGACUUUAUCCCAAUCUUGACAAAACUCCUCUCUACAGUUCAGCCAGAACGUGAAGAGCUCGUCCGCCUUCUCACAUUCAUCAUCCAGCAGCUUAACCCAUCAAUUGUUUUCAUCGAGAACGCUUAUGAUUACGAUAUCCUCCGCCUCGUCCGUAACCUUCAGACAAAGCACUACGUCGACCCAGAGCUUACAACAGAGAUCGCUAAGGUCGCUGAUGAUAUGGCCCAGGCCCUUAAGAAGCUCUCUCUUUGGGACAAAUACGUCCGCGAAGUCAAGAGCGGAAAGCUGAAGAACACAAUCUCACACUCAUCAGAACUCUUCUGGAAGGCUAACGUUGAGAGAUUCGGUGAAAAUAACUUCGCAGUUCUUAUUGCUCUCAGAGAUCUUCUUAAAUCUGAUGAUGAAGAGACAGUUACAGUCGCUUGCCACGAUAUCGGUGAAUACGUCCACAGACACCCACUCGGAAGGAUAAAAGUUGAAGAAAUCCAUGCAAAGGAAAUGAUCAUGGAGCUUCUUAUAAACAAGAACCAGAAUAUUGUUUCACAGGCACUGAGGACAACACAGCUCUUGCUCCUCAGAAACAACUAA